UCCUCGCGUCUUGCGGGGAGGCUGGGGCGGCCCAAAUGUUGGAAUGUUACUGCGCUCUUGCCUCUCCUCAGGGCACCUCUGGUAGCUGGGAACUAGCUGCCUGCCCCUUUCAGUCCUUGAGGGAACUCGCCCCUUUGCCCUGGCCCGUGUGGUGUUAAAGCUCUGUUUCUCGGGCACCUCCUCCUCCAAACCCCCCACCAGCCGCCCAGCGCCGUCAGAGCAGCCCUGACUAGCCUCCUCCCCUCUCAGCCGUCUGACUCCUCUCCCCAGUCUGUAGUUCCCUCAAUUUCCAUCCUUUAGCCCCGCUUGGAAAGAGACCGGAGAGAAAUUUGCCCACUACCCCCCGAGAAGACCCACUUGUCAGUCGUGUCUCAGGGUGGGGGCCACUGCAAGGCCUGGCGCUGUUUUGUGCACGUUAAAUGCCCAGCAGUAUCUCCUAGACCGGCAACCCCCGACCCUCCAGUCUCCAUGUCUUAGAGAAGCCAAAUUCGAGAGUUAUAUAAUUUCUAGUGCUGCUGUUGCUCCUGGCUGAAGAAACACUUCAUCGCGUGGAGGGUGCAGGACAUUUCAGUGCUCUUCCCUAAAAGAACGGGGCUUGGGCAGGGGUGGCCAGCGGUGGCAGAGAAAUGUCUUGUCUUUUCUGCAAAAGGAAGGUGGGUAGUUUGAAGAGAGACUGAGAGAAAAGGAUGUGGAUGUGAAAGCCAAGCAGCUGCACUUUCUCAUUUUGAGGAAAUCGCGGACCGUUUGCAUAGCUUAGCUUACAUAUCUAAUACUACUACGGCGUCUCUGAAAACACCUUUGGGGGAAGGUUUGGCUUCUCUCGAAGUCUCAGUGUUUUUCCUCGCCGGAUAGGGAGCUGCUUGGAUGCGAAGAGAUGGCAUGAUGUGAAUGACUCCAGUGUGAAGAAAUCUGCUUCGCCAACUCAUCCUGCAUCAAGUGCCCAUUGAGUAGCACUGUCACUUUAAUGUCUCCAUGCCAAGGGAUUGCUUUCCUUUUUUUUCAAUCCUCUCUGUUAAUACAUGGGAGGAUCAGAAUCAGAGGGGCAUUAAGGAUCAAGCCUGGGGGCUUGGAGAGCACAGAAGAAAAAAAUGAAAGUGACAGCAAGCUGGAUUCUGAGUUACUGAGGGGGUGAGAUCCGGAACUUCUGAUCAGUAAAUAGAAGGGGGCCUUUCGGUGUGUGUUCUGCCACAGAAAACUGUUCAAACUCACCUAUCUUUUUAGAGACUGGAGUCAAAGAGGUUUUUAAAAGUAUUUUUUGGGAGGUGGGGUUAAAUUUUUCUCUACAUAUUUGAGGAUCUUUUUCAUCAUGUUUGAAUUUGACCAUGUAUAAAGUAAUGAGACAGCUGUCUAAAUUUGGUUUGUGCCUUAAAUGAGUUAGUCAUUGAACUUCCAAAAAUGUUGCUGCCUGAAGAGGAAUUUCAGUAACGUUCUUCAUGUUUACAAUAAUUUUCUCAGUUUGUAAAAACAGUGUAAAUAUUUUCUGAACUUUGAAAAACUUGAAGAACUGAAAAAUUACAUUUCUGUAAACUCUGUGGGCGGUGUAAAAAGUUUAGUUGUGGAAAAAGUACAUCAUUACUUUCUUUAUCUGACAUAGAAGACUCAGCCUGGAUUUCAAAACUGAACAGUGAAGUGGUUUGCAACAGUUACCUGGCUCUUGGCCUCAAUCCAGCUGGAUCAAACUGAGACCUGAAAAGAGAUCUUGAAUCCUGUGGCAGUGGAAAGACCCAAGAAUGCCAGUCAAGAAGAAAGAUACUGACCGAGCUUUAUCAUUACUGGAAGAAUACUGCAAAAAAUUAAGGAGACCAGAGGAGCAGCUGUUGAAAAAUGCAGUUAAAAAGGUGAUGGGUAUCUUUAAGAGCAGCUUAUUCCAAGCUUUGCUAGAUAUCCAAGAAUUUUACGAGGUGACAUUGCUAAAUUCUCAAAAAAGUUGUGAGCAGAAGAUAGAAGAAGCCAAUCAAGUUUUACAGAAAUGGGAGAAGACAUCCUUUCUUGCUCCGUGCCAUGACAGACUUCAAAAAUCUUCAGAGCUUACAGAUUGCAGUGGACCAAAGGAAAAUGCUUCAUGUAUUGAGCAAAAUAAAGAAAAUCAGUGUUUUGAAAAUGAAACUGAAGAGACGACAACUUAUCGAUACCAAGAUGAGGACGCUCCACAUGAUCAUUCCUUACCUCGACUAACCCAUGAAGUAAGAGGCCCAGAACUCGUGCAUGUAUCAGAAAAGAACCUCUCUCAAAUAGAAAAUGUCCAUGGAUACGUCUUGCAGUCUCAUAUUUCUCCUCUGAAGGCCAGUCCUGCUCCUAUAAUUGUCAACACAGAUACUUUGGACACAAUUCCUUAUGUCAAUGGAACAGAAAUUGAAUAUGAAUUUGAAGAAAUUACACUGGAGAGGGGGAAUUCUGGCCUGGGAUUCAGUAUUGCUGGGGGGACAGAUAAUCCCCACAUUGGAGAUGACCCUGGCAUAUUUAUUACGAAGAUUAUACCAGGAGGUGCUGCAGCAGAGGAUGGCAGACUCAGGGUCAAUGAUUGUAUCUUGCGGGUGAAUGAGGUUGAUGUGUCAGAGGUUUCCCACAGUAAAGCGGUGGAAGCCCUCAAGGAAGCGGGGUCUAUCGUUCGGCUGUAUGUGCGUAGAAGACGACCUAUUUUGGAGACCGUUGUGGAAAUCAAACUGUUCAAAGGCCCUAAAGGUUUAGGCUUCAGUAUUGCAGGAGGUGUGGGGAACCAACACAUUCCUGGAGACAACAGCAUUUAUGUAACUAAAAUUAUAGAUGGAGGAGCUGCACAAAAAGAUGGAAGGUUGCAAGUAGGAGAUAGACUACUGAUGGUAAACAACUACAGUUUAGAAGAAGUAACACAUGAAGAGGCAGUAGCAAUACUGAAGAACACAUCAGAGGUAGUUUAUUUAAAAGUUGGCAAACCCACUACCAUUUAUAUGACUGAUCCUUAUGGUCCACCUGAUAUUACUCACUCUUAUUCUCCACCAAUGGAAAACCAUCUACUCUCUGGCAACAAUGGCACUUUAGAAUAUAAAACCUCCCUGCCACCCAUCUCUCCAGGAAGGUACUCACCAAUUCCAAAGCACAUGCUUGUUGACGACGACUACACCAGGCCUCCGGAACCUGUUUACAGCACUGUGAACAAACUAUGUGAUAAGCCUGCUUCUCCCAGGCACUAUUCCCCUGUUGAGUGUGACAAAAGCUUCCUUCUCUCAGCUCCCUAUUCCCACUACCACCUAGGCCUGCUCCCUGACUCUGAGAUGACCAGUCAUUCCCAACAUAGCACCACAACUCGUCAGCCUUCAGUGACUCUCCAACGGGCCAUCUCCCUGGAAGGAGAGCCUCGCAAGGUGGUCCUGCACAAAGGCUCCACUGGCCUGGGCUUCAACAUUGUCGGUGGGGAAGAUGGAGAAGGUAUUUUUGUAUCCUUCAUUCUGGCUGGUGGACCAGCAGACCUAAGUGGGGAGCUCCAGAGAGGAGACCAGAUCCUAUCGGUGAAUGGUAUUGACCUCCGUGGUGCAUCCCACGAACAGGCAGCAGCUGCACUAAAGGGGGCUGGACAGACAGUGACGAUUAUAGCACAAUAUCAACCUGAAGAUUACGCUCGAUUUGAGGCCAAAAUCCAUGACCUACGAGAGCAGAUGAUGAACCACAGCAUGAGCUCCGGGUCUGGGUCCCUGCGAACCAAUCAGAAACGCUCCCUCUACGUCAGAGCCAUGUUUGACUACGACAAAAGCAAGGACAGUGGGCUUCCAAGUCAAGGACUUAGUUUUAAAUAUGGAGAUAUUCUCCACGUUAUCAAUGCCUCUGAUGAUGAGUGGUGGCAAGCCAGGAGAGUCAUGCUGGAGGGAGACAGUGAGGAGAUGGGGGUCAUCCCCAGCAAACGGAGGGUGGAAAGAAAGGAACGUGCCCGAUUGAAGACAGUGAAGUUUAAUGCCAAACCUGGAGUGAUUGAUUCGAAAGGGGACAUCCCCGGAUUAGGUGACGACGGUUAUGGAACAAAGACUCUGAGAGGACAAGAAGACCUCAUUCUUUCCUAUGAGCCUGUUACAAGGCAGGAAAUAAACUACACCCGGCCGGUGAUUAUCCUGGGGCCCAUGAAGGAUCGGAUCAAUGAUGACUUGAUAUCUGAAUUCCCUGAUAAAUUUGGCUCCUGUGUGCCUCAUACUACGAGGCCAAAGCGAGACUACGAGGUGGAUGGCAGAGACUAUCACUUUGUCAUUUCCAGAGAACAAAUGGAGAAAGAUAUCCAAGAGCACAAGUUUAUAGAAGCCGGCCAGUACAAUGACAAUUUAUAUGGAACCAGUGUGCAGUCUGUGAGAUUUGUAGCAGAAAGAGGCAAACACUGUAUUCUUGAUGUAUCAGGAAAUGCUAUCAAGCGGUUACAAGUUGCCCAGCUCUAUCCCAUUGCCAUCUUCAUAAAACCCAGGUCUCUGGAACCUCUUAUGGAGAUGAAUAAGCGUCUAACAGAGGAACAAGCCAAGAAAACCUAUGAUCGAGCAAUUAAGCUAGAACAAGAAUUUGGAGAAUAUUUUACAGCUAUUGUCCAAGGAGAUACUUUAGAAGAUAUAUAUAACCAAUGCAAGCUUGUUAUUGAAGAGCAAUCUGGGCCUUUCAUCUGGAUUCCCUCAAAGGAAAAGUUAUAAAUUAGCUACUGCGCCUCUGACAACGACAGAAGAGCAUUUAGAAGAACAAAAUAUAUAUAACAUACUACUUGGAGGCUUUUAUGUUUUUGUUGCAUUUAUGUUUUUGCAGUCAAUGUGAAUUCUUAUGAAUGUACAACACAAACUGUAUGAAGCCAUGAAGGAAACAGAGGGGCCAAAGGGUGGGACAGAAAAGACAUUGCAGUAUGAAGGAAGGCUUUGGUUUGCUCAAAGUGCCAGGUGUAGGGAUGAACCUCUGACGGGCUUUCUGCCCAAGAGAUGAGAGCCUCCUCACCCCAGCUGAUGUCCAGAGCUGAUUUAGCUGCAGAGCUCUCUGUGUCUUUUGCUUUAAAGAAAAAUUGCCAGCACUCGAACCUCACCAACCUUCCCAUUACCCACAUCUGUAAUUGGUACACUUCGAAUUUUAUAACUAUGCACAUCUUUUGAUUUCUUAACAAGCAAAUGAAAGAAAGAAGGAAAAAAGAAAGGAGUCCCUUUGGAGACGACAUACUAUCAGGGAAGGAUAAGCGUGUAGUUUUUUGACUGGCAUCUGCAAAGACAAGCAUUUCAUAAAAUUUGCAAGUGUAUGGAGGACUAACCUCACUGACAGGAGGGGAUUCCACCUGGAAUUAGCUUUAUGAUUGUUGAUUGCCUAUUUUGCCAUUUAUAAACUGAAAGAAGGCACUAAAGAUGAGAAUAAUUUAUACAAUAAAAAUAUAUUAAAUGUAUAGAAACAAAUUUCUAUAGGUUAAAAAAGUUUUGUGAAAUAUUUUGUAAAGACUAAUAUUGAAAGACUAAAUGUAUGCAACAUCAGCAGAUGAUCAAAUUCAAGAACUGAAAGUUGCACUCUCCCUUUUGUUGCCAAUGAUCCAUUAAGAGCAUCUGAGUUCCUUUCAAGUCUGACAAAGACUUCUUCCUCACUCACCUCCCUUCCACAUUAGUGAUACACUCUCAUGGAGCACAUCCCUCAAUGAGUUGCCCUCAUGGAUAUUUUUGGAAAACAUUUGGUUAAUGCAUUUUUUUAUGCUGAUGGCUUUUCAGAGACAAACUUAUGCAAAUGAUCUAAAGGGAAGUUUUUGCUUUUCUCUAGUUAAAUAACCUGAGCCUGCCAUGCAAAUAGUUGAAUAACUUUGUUCCUAGUUACUGACAUACAAUUCUUAAAGGACCAUUUAGCAUUUUGGCCAACAAUGAGUAAUUAGGAUUAGUACUUUUUUGUUUUACAGAGUAACUGAGAGUUUUGUAACAUCCAGAGAUGGUAUUAGAGCCAACGGGAGAUCUGUUCCUAGAUGCACUAUUUCUUUGAGGAAGAGAGAGAAGACAAGUGUCUGGUUGGGGGUGAGGGGUGCAGACUUUUUUGUUUCUAUGUACAGGGCAAAGUGAUAGAGUCACAAGGAAAGACAAUUAAUGACUUUGAGCUCAACCAAUUGAACUGCCUUUCUUGGAGCUGCACCUGGACCAAGUUUAUUUUUUAACAAUUAUAAUAAUGAUGAUUUAAAAAAAGAAACCUCCCAAAGCCUAUAAACUGAACUAGAAGAGUUAGUUUCCCACUUUAGAGUGGAUGGCGACAUCAGCAUUGCUUUUGCCCAUGGUGUUCAGAGAGAGACUUUUCAGUGAUAAUAACCACUCUACUCUGGGUUCUGUGCAUGCCCAGACUAAGCCCCAUCGCCUUAUUUCUGGGGUACAUCCAGACCUGGCAGGGAUUCUGCCACACUGUGCAGCAAACCAGCAUGUAGGCUGGGUAGGAGAGCAAGAGAUAGAGCCAUCAGUGUGAUGGGGCUUCUUCACAGUAAGAACAUCGGAGCUUAGAAUGAGAGUCUCUUUCCAAAAACAGGCAUUGUUCAUCUUAAACUAAACAUCAUUGUCUGCCUGGCUGCAGUCAGCAAAACAAACACAGAAAUGCAAAAUUAUGCAUCUUCCCAUAGUCUUGAGGCUUCCUUUGCCAAUGGAAGGGCUAGCAAUGCAUUUUCCCUCUCAUGAAAGUUAAAUUUCCAGAGACUUCCUUAGAUUGCUCAAAACGUUAAAGAUAUGUCCAUGUCUGCAAUUCGCCAGUUUCAGGUCAAGGCCUACUUUCAUCAAUAUUGCUCCCAGAAGUUUUCUGCCACCAGAAUGCCAUUCCUGAUCCCAGCUCUAUUUUUAGGCCACCAUGAUAACUUCUUUGGUUUCUCAACUGAGCAUGCAACCAUUUAUUUAAAAGACUGUCAUUAAUGAGUAGAUGUUUUUGCGGGUCGUGUGAUGUGCUUUCCAUUUACUAGUAUUGCUGUGGCUGAGUACAAUCAAAUUGAACCACCAACCCUUGGUUUUGUAGUAAUAUAACUAUUUAUUUUCCUAGUGUAGAUGCUUUCAGAUUAGAAUUGGCAUUUGCACUGAUUUUUUAUGUAGAUUUAUAUAAUUAUAUAGAUACAUAUAUAUUUGCUUGAAGAAUCACCAAGCAAAUUGGUGAGAGGGUCUUUUCCUAUAGAAUUUACACCUCCAUUUGUUGUGUUGUCUUGCACUUCCCAAUGUUGAUGUCUCUAUGGCUCCAAUGAACUGGUGUAUUUUGCAGCAAAUCUGAUGACUUGUAUGGAAAUGGCAUGAAAGUUACCCAGAUUACAUCUGGUGCAAAUGCACUCGGAGCCUGGGGCCAGACUGGUGCUAACACUGCAAACUUUGUCCAGAGCUCUCUCCAACCUGAAGGCUUGCUGGGGGUGCAAUGUCACCUUCACACAUGCUGGGCCCUUUCAGAAAAGUGCCAGAUCGUGUAACUGGUGCUAUUUUUCAUGCUCUGGUACAAUGUGUAGCACCACGGGGCUCUCAGCUUUACCAAAAUCAAAAUUCCAUUUGUCAGCUAAGUGCAGAGGCAUUUGUUUUUUGCUCUCCUCCCACAGAAUUGUUGGCCAUUUAUUUGCAGGCCUUUUGCGGGAUUUCUUGGCCGUUUAUUUACAGGCCUUUUCUCCCAGCCCCAAAUUCUUGGGUUGGCUCUGUCUGCUUAAAGAGCCUGUCUUCACAAAGCCGCACUCGGGUGCCUCUGUGCGCUGUCUUAGAUCCUACUGCCGGCCCUUCAGGACUCCGAGCCAGGAAAGAACUCUCCAACCUCUGGCUCGAGACUCUGUUUUUUUUUCUCAUUCUUUUCCUUGCUCUCCUCCUUCUUCUAUUUCUGACUAAUUCUCUCUCUCUCUCUCUCUUUUUUUUUUCUUUGUUCCUCUCCUUUUCCUAUUCUUCCUUCCCACCAUCUCUGAGUUGUUGACUUUCUCCUAUAAUCCUUCUCUAUUCCCUUUCUCUUUUUGUCCACCUCUCCUUCAGUCUCUGUUUCUUUGCCCUUCUUAUUCCUCUUCUGUCCUUUCUCCUCUCCUCACAUCUCUAAUCAUCUUCUCCUGCACAUCCCUGUAUUGAUUUUUUCUGUCCUCUAAAGGGCUCAUGGCUGAUUCAGACAGCAAGUCCGUGCACUGGACUAAUGACACAAAUACUUUAGGUCGCCGUUUCACCUACUCAGCCCAGAACGCAAAGCUGAGCGUGAGGCCCUGACCUGGAGCCUGCUCCAGCCCGCCUCCCGGAUCCAGCCUGCACCGUUGCCCUGGCAGCGAUGAUGCACAUGCUGUGGGCCCUGCCGGCGCCUGAGUGCCUCUGCCUGAACGCUGCUCCUAAGCGAGCCCACUCCCAGCACUACCGCAUGGCUCUGAGGACACUUCCUUUCAAUAAAGGCAGACUCUGGCCCCAAUUAUUCUGAUAGCAAACCUCUUCCUCCUCAUUGAAGCCAUGCCAUCACCUUGGUUUGGAGAGAGACAUUUUUUCCCAUUCAUAAGCUUUCUUUUUCCCAUUUUCAUGUGAAGCCCCUUCUGCUUUUCAGCUGGUGAUUGCUCUGGUGAGACUGAAUGGACUUGCUGGUGAAAUGAAAUCUCUUCUUUCCUGUCUUGGUCCUGCCUAAAUUCCUACGAAUAUAUUUAAGCCAAGGACUCAGGCUAAUUCCUAAGUUGAUCACAUUAAUUUGUCACUCCUGGGGGAAAAAGAUCAAUUCCCUUGAAGCAUGUGGAGUACCUCCUGUGACAGCUGACUUGCCAGGGGACUCCCUACAGCAUUCUGUGAUAUACAUUUUACUUCUGUGUAUGUAUGGUAUAUAUGGUAUGUAUACCAUGUACACACAUGUUACAUUGAGUAUGAAUGACUGUGGUUGGAAACCCACACACACACUCAAGUCUGUAAAUAUCCUUCCUCACUGAAACCUGUGCUUUGGAAAUCAUUUCUUGUACAGCUGUGCAGUUUCUUGUAACAGCUGAGGACAAAGCUAAGACAGGCGGACAAUUUAGACAAAGAUCAUCUAAAGAGUACAGUAUCUCCCUAGCAACUCAUGAGGACAGACAACCAAGUGGCAAGGUUGACUCCCAAUGGGAUGGCAGACUUUUCUUCUCUCCUUUUUGAGUUUGUGUUUUCUAAGUGUUUCUUAACUUCUGAGUGCACCAGGCUGUACCCGUUAGAUCCUUUCAAUAUGACAGUUUUGUGCUUCUCUCUGACAGGAUGUUUCUCCAUCGAGCUGUAGUGCAGGAUGGGAGGGAGGUGGGAAUACUCCUUGCCUGGGCUGGAGUUUACAGAGACACUGCACAGCUUACACUCCUGUUAAGUGUAAAUAUUCAACACUUCCAUUCCAUUUGUGUAAAAAAUAAAGCACACACGAUUAUAAAAUCAAGAUGUAUAUUUCAUACUCAGUGUGUCUGUGCAUAUUUAUUGCGUUUCUAGUUGUCAGCGGUGGGUGGCCCCAUUGUAAAAAUGCCUGAUAGAGUGUUUAUAAACAUGUCAUGGUUUUAUUAUAAGAUAUAAACAUUAAAACAUUUUAUACUUUAUAGCAAA